AUGAAUAAAUAUAUACACUCUAUAAUCCUUUGCAACGGUGGCCUUGGUGCAUCUAUUAUACUUGGAAGCCUGGACCCCAAUAAAUAUUUGGGGAAGCUGAUUUCGUUUUUAGACCCAGUUCUUCCCACUGCAUCCCGUACUGACUUUGUUAGGUGUUGGUAUGCUAAGACUGACGGCUGGGCGGCAUCGACAUUCCACAGCAACUGCGAUGGGAGAGGACCUACAGUGACAAUCAUCAAAGUGAACGAUUACAUAUUUGGUGGAUAUACGGAUGUGUCCUGGAGCGGAGGCAGGCAUAUCAAAUUUUUAAAGAGAGAACAAGAUAAUUUUAUAGGAUCAACUGGUUCUUGUGCAGGUUAUUCCUACGCCAGUAAAGCUUUCAUCUUCUCUCUCUAUAACGUCAAAGGAUACAAUCCCGUAAAGUUGACACAAUACCGAAAUCAGCAAUAUGCAAUGUACAGAUGUAAUACGUAUGGACCCAUCUUUGGCGCUGGGUAUGGUCAUGAUAUCUACAUAUCCGACGGCUCUGGAAACAACCAGAACUCUUACACCAGAUGCGGUUGUACGUACACGAAACCCUCAGGAUACUCAACUGGUGACUGUGGUUUUUUUACAGGGGGGUAUCAUUUCUCUCCAACGGACGUCGAAGUAUUCUAUGAAGCAGGCCUCGGUUUGUCCGCCAUACUUCGAAGUCUUGAUUACAACCAGUACUUGAAGGUGCUGUUUUCGUAUUUGGACCCAGUCCUUAUCAAUAAAGAACGUAGUAGGUUUGUGAGGUGUUGGCACGCAGGGAUUGACGGUUGGGCAGCAUCGACAUUCCACAGUAACUGCGAUGGGAGAGGACCCACAGUGACUAUCAUUAAAGUUAACAGUUAUAUCUUUGGUGGAUACACUGACGUGUCCUGGACCAGUAGUCCCUGUGCUUAUUCUUCAGCCAGCAAAGCUUUCGUUUUCUCUCUUUACAACGUCAAAGGAUACAAUCCUGUGAAGCUGACACAAUAUCGAUACCAGCAAUACGCAAUGUACAGAUGUUCCUCUUACGGACCCACUUUUGGUUGGGCACAUGACAUCUACAUACGUGACGACGCUGUAAACAUUCAGCACUCUUAUGCUAGAUGCGGUGGCACGUACUCCAACCCCACGGGCUAUUCAGCUGGAGAUUGUAAAUUUUUCACAGGAGCAUCAAAUUUCACUCCAUCUGACAUCGAAGUUUUCUUCGAAAUAAUAAACUAA